GACAGAGGGAAAACUUUGUGUGUGGAAACUGGAGUCCAUUAACAGAAGAGAGUGGAUUCACAGUGAAACAUGCCGCAGCUCUGCAGAGGUGCCCUCAGCCUGUUAUUAUGGAUCCCAGGUAAUGUCUCUGCAUACUGAGGUCAUAGGAUUAUAACAUUCGUAUAAACAGGUGUUUAUUUUAGAGAGACAGUCUUCCUAGGAUGAUUAUGUGUGCUUUGCAGCCCCCCACUUUGCUGUUUUGCUUUUAGCAAAUCCUUCUGCUGUAAUGUGAAACUUUUCUUGUGUUAAACCUCUCAUUAUUAAUUUAUUUCAAAGUUUUGUGUGUACAUUAUUUGUUGUAAACCGACUUGAAAAGCUGUUAGAGCAACCCUUUUUGUCUGGGAGCGGUGGAGGGCUAUUGUGUUUUUUUCUAAAUAAUCUUUUAAGCCUCUGUACUCUUUGCACCAUUGGCAAGAGUUGGUUUGAUGUUUAUUUUUCUGUUCUCUGAAGGCCUGAUUCAUUUUUCGACCCUAAAUCUCUUUUAUAGCGGGAUAAUCCAAUUUUGGAACGAGGGGCGCAGGGUGGGAAGUGGGGAGAGACGGUUUUGCUAGACAGGAAACUGAAAUCAUAAAUGUGUUCACACUAAGUCCUCUUCACUCUCUCUCAGCCUUCCUGUGCGCUGUGACCACAGAGGGGGAGUAUUCAGUCCUGGAGGGUCAAACUGUUGUGAUCCCCUGCCAUUACGAGCCUCAGUAUGAACACUAUGUCAAAUACUGGUGUCGGGGUACGACAAGGGAGUUCUGCACCAGUUUGGCUCGAACAGAUGACCUCAGUACAACUAAGGAGAGAGUGAGCAUUUCUGACGACCUGGACCAGCUGGUGUUCACUGUGACCAUGAAAAAUGUGAAGAAGGCAGACAAUGGGUGGUACAUAUGUGGCGUGGAGAUAGGAAGCAUAUGGAGUGCUGAUGUUGUCACUUUUUCUAAUGUCAGGGUCCUUGAUGGUGAGUAAUGGACUGACUUGGCACCAUCACACUAGAGUAUAUUAUGGAGGAAAAGAUGUCUGAGAAUUUCAAGUGCAAGCUCUGAGAAUUGUUGUAUUCAUUUCCUGCAGGUAUGACAGUGGUAAACAGUCAAGUGACAGGGGAAGAAGGGAAAAGUGUCAAAGUUGAAUGUUUAUACAGCGAGAAAUACAGGUAUUUGAAAAUGUACACCUCACAGCUGAACCACCAGAAUCCUUUUACUUACAAUCAGACCAUGAAUAUUCUUCUCUGGUAGAAGACAGAGCUUAUUUAGCAUGAGUAAACCCAGGAGCAAUAAUUUAUUUGUUUAAAAUCUUCAACUCAAGCCAAACUGUGAUCGACAGUCAGCCUGCACUGACUCCCUUGUGAUUGCUUGCCAACAGAGAAAGCAGAAAGAAGUGGUGUCGGAGUGGAGACUGGAGCUCCUGUCUGCUGAUAGAUGCUGGGGGGAGCUACGAAGAUGCUUCAGUGGCCAUCAGUGAUGACAGAACUAGGACUUACACUGUAACCCUAAAGAAGCUGCGGCUGAAAGAUACCGGCUGGUACACGUGCUCUGCAGGAAAACACAAGAUGUCCGUGCAAGUGCUUGUCACACCUCGACCUGCAGAUAGUAGGUUGACAAACAACCCUUAUACAUCUUUACACAAACCCUUACAAAUUAUCUUUCCAUAUCAGAUUUCCUCAAUUUUUUUUACUUUGUGCUAUAUGUUUUAGAGUGUUUACAUAGGGCCUGCAACCUUUUGUCUUUGGUUCUGGGAGACAAAUCACAUUCACUUCCAUUAUAGCUUUAGCACUGAAAGAAGCAGACUGUAAUACUAAUGAACAAAAACAUUAACAGCAAAUAGCUUUAGAGGCCAUAUUUAAUUAUUUAAAAUGCAUAUUCUAAAAUUUUGACCACAUUUUGCUAGUUAAGCGGCACACAAUCUGGGUGCUAGGUGAGGUGCAGGGUGCAAAGAGGUUGGAUAAACCCUUGUUUGGUCAAAUGUAGAUCCUGGGUGCAACACUAAUUAAAACCAAUCAGUGUGUCCGGAAGAGCCAGGAGCAGGAGAAGCCGGGAUGUUGCUAUAUAUACACAGCAGAUUUCAGCCUACACGUAUAUACACAGAGCCUGAGCUUGCACUUCUAACUUUCUCCUUCUGUGCUCCUUUAAAAAUGCAGAUCACUCACAGAUCAUUGUAAGACUCAUUUUGAUGCACGGAUUGGUGUUAUUCCACUGAAACAACACCUUAGCACAGCAGAAACAAUCAGGGGUCACUUGUUAAGUGACCUACAUGUUUAUUUAAGGAUGAGGCACAGCAGAUGAACUUCACAGAAUAUUCAAACUCAGUACACUGUAUCUGACCGUAUUGGACAGAAUGAUGACUAUCAUCCUUAGCACUUAACACCACAGGAAUGUGUGCUGCUCUCUACUUACUUUUGCCAUUGGAUCACAAAGUUGUAUUCUGUAUGGCAUGCACAAUGAACUGUUCAGUCCUAAUUCUGUAUGCACUGGGGUGAGUCCCACCAACAGUUGGCUUUGUUGAUUAAUGUCCAUGAGUUUGAGAGAGUGUGCAUGAGAUAAGCGCUUGAUCACAUCCUUUUUGGCCCAGAUGAAUCAGGUGUAUGAAGACAUUGCACAGACAGUGUCCUCCAUCUCUAGACCAGCCUAAUACAGUUUCAUGUUAUAUGGAGAUCAGGAAAAAAAAUCAAUCAAGUCCUUAAUGAAGAAAUUUCACUGUAUCAGCGGAAAGACAAAUAUUCCCUUAUAAGUGGGGGGGCUGUCAUGUUGUAGAAAUGUACCUCACCACUGCCUUAGGAUUUUUUGCUGAUAAACAAGCAACAAAAAGGAUUACACAAAGCUAAAGGGUCUCAAAGUUGAAAAACAUUGCUAAGUAUCUGGCUAAUAACAGACACCUUAAUGAUAACAUUUAAGCUAACAUUUUGUAAGCAGUUAAUUUACUUCUAAGAGUAUUGAGUGAUUAUACCUCCCAGUUUGGUUAUAUUAGCUUUAUUCACUUCCCAGCUGGCAGCAGUUGUCGUUAUGCUCAAGAGAAUUUGUAUUGGUACAUAUUUUUGGUGGUAAAAACUUGUCAGAUCAUACUUAUUAUGCAUCUCAAAGGAAACCAGACAUCCUCUGAAUUUUCACUGUACAUAUUUUAGUGUCUCAAGUAAAAAUCAAUGUAAAAGUGUUUUAAUGAGAAAGUUUUUCCAAGGUUUCCUUAACCCUGUACAUCCUUUUACCAUAAACACAGUGGUAGGACAUUCAUCAGCAGCAUCUCAGCCUUGCAACCUGAGUGUUAUGUGAAUGUGAAAUGGAAUACAAUAAUAACCUCCAAUAACGUGAGAAGGAAGUAGUAAAUGAGUAAAAGAAUUAGGACACAGGCUUUGUUACAUUACCACAGUAUCAGAGUUCAUUCACUGGUCAUUACUACACUCUUUAAAAUACCUGUUUUUUAUUAGCCACAGGCAUUUCAAAGCUGGUAAAAAUCUCUGUUUUACUGACAGUAUCUCUCAUAAGCCUUUUCAAGCUUGAGUAAAAUGGAGGGACUUUUCAGACAUGAUUAGAUGGUGACCUGACAUGCCAAUUCAAACGCCAGUCUGCUAUUGAGAACCAGUUAAUCCAGGCAUUGUGGGUGAAAUGAGGCCAAAUUCUACCCUUUUGCCACAUCACUCAGCUGUAUUGAGAGGUAGCCAAGUGCAGCUUAGAGAUCAAUAAGUGUUUGUGACAGAUGGCAGAAGCUCUUUCAGCUUUCAAAGCUAUACAAGGUAUUGAUUAUUGUGUGGCACUUAUCAAGAAUAUUGAUGUUAUGAACUCUGUGUGCUCUGCUGCUAGCACUAUUUUGCUUUGACUUCUACUUUUUUACCUUUGUGUAAAAUGUCUUUAUCUUCUGCAGCAGCAGUAGUGACAUCCACAGCUUCACCAAGUCAGUGUAACAUCUACUUGCCUCCCAAACUCGCCACUAAGGAGUCAAGUCAACGGUAAGACUGAAGCACCUCUACAGUGUGGAAUUAAAACUGCUGUUUAUAGGAUGCAGAGCAUGAUAUUGAUCUUUUUAUUUAAAUGUUCAUCUGCUCCUCUGAAGCCCUUUAAGAAAAGUGAUUAAGAAACCUUUCAUAAAAACACAUCAUCCCGCUCUUCACAUAGUCCACAUUUUAACUCUCCAUGUUUAAUGGGAUAGCUUCAAAGUCCCUGGGAAACCAAACCACCAAAGCCUUCUUUAUAUUUCUGUGAAAUAUGAGGUCUCAUAAAUAAAACUAAACCUUUUAAAAGCAUUAAAAGUUGGCAUAAUUCAGUUAUAAAAAAUUGCUGUACAAGUUUCUAUAAAUGUUCUUGCUAAUGCACUUGGAUUGGACUUGGUCCCUGUAGGCCAGCCAACAUGGUACAGAAAAAAAAGGGGGCAGACUGAAAAACUUUCAGAUAUGUGGAUUAAAUUUAUUUUGGGUGAAGUCGAGUCAAGAAAAAAGAAAGUAUUUCCAUGCCAUAGUCCUGUCUUCAACAGGCGUGGGCCCCGAGCCGAUCUGGUACCUACACCAGUGUGCUCUGCAACAGUCUGAGUUGCUGUGUGGGCUUCAUUGUAAGCCAGCUUCCAUUGUGAGCAGUAUGUCAGUGGGACUGUAAGGUUUGUCCUCAGUGGGUAUCCCCUAUUUUUAAUGGAUACAUGGCUUGGACUCCAUAAAUAAAACAUGUGUUUGGAGCCCAUAUGUGCUGAGUCAAGAAAAACAGACAAAUGCAAAUCUAUGAGUAUUGAUUACAAUCUGUGCAUAUGGUUUGUGAAAGCAGGCACAUGGGUUUGCAAGUGGCUAUUGUUUUUGUCUUGACCUGGCACUGUACAUGUGAAUCAAUGUUCAUUUCCCUCUGUGGACCGUUCACACACAAAUUCCCUCUGCUAACGUUCAAAUGAGACCCAAUAUUUAUAGCAUGGUAAAAGUUGCUGUGGAAAAGCUGAGGGUUUUAUGUUUGGAUGUUUACAACUGUGGGUCAGUUGCAGACAGCUGGGGGUGUUAAGUUUCAACUUUGUUUCUUUUUUUUUUUUUUUUCUGCUGCUGGAGCUCAGCGAAACUACUAAUGAUCUAUUUUUCAGCAGAACAGGGACUUUAACUCUAAAACAAUAUCAAACAUCUGGUGCCUUUAUUGUUCCUAAGCCUUAUGUGCUUUAUCAGCCAUGUUAAAAUAAGCACAGAAUAUAUCAUAUCUACUGUAUAUUAUAUGUUAGGUUUCUGUUACAUUAGUGGUCAUACUGCAUAAGGAGCCUGUGUUCUGUGUGGUUGUGCAGUUCAUGAUGUUGUGAUUGCAUGCUCUGGUGUGGGCUUGAAAAGUCCAGUUUCUCUGAAGUUAAAACUGUUCACAGACUGUAUGAAUGUCUAUGCUGCUAUUUCAGGAUCAUAAUUAGCUUGUUUACCAGGUAUGAAUGAGCAUCCUGGAUGUUUGUCUCCAGAUUUUUAUUUCUCAUUUCUCUCAGUGUACAAAGGUCACACACACAUUUCAAUAUUAGACUGUUAUAUAAAGAUGUAAAUGCAUGCAUGAUUUGAUAGAAAUGCAAAGCUGGAGAUAUAACAGUGGUUUUUAACAGGUGCAAAAGUGCAUGUGCAACAGAUAAGAAAGAUGAAGAUUUAAAAAAAAAAACAUUAAAAAAAACUUUUCUCCUGGAUAUAAACAUGUAACUUCUUGUUUAGCCCAAGCUAAUACUACACAGCUAUCUCCUUGUAUUUAUAGUCUUGAGAACAAAUGGGGUCACCUAAGCUGACUCAUAUGCUAACUGCUUGCUGUGAUAUGUAUACUACGGCAUGUUGAUACUCACCAUUUAGUGACCAACAAAACUAAAAAUAAUUCAGAAAAUGAAGCUUCUGGUUCUUCCUCUGAAUUUGCAUUUUAGACAGGCAUGUCUUAACAUUUUGUCAGGGGUGGCACUGGCCCAUCUUGAAAUUUGGUCAGCUACCUCAAGAUCCUAUUCUUUGAUUUGUUUAUUUGUCUUGGGACGUCUUUACAAGGUGGAAGUGUUUUCUUCCUUUUUUUUUUUUAUUAGAUGUUGCACAUUUUUUUUUUGUUAGUGUCAUCAAAUGUGAUUUUGGACAAAAAUCUGCCUCUUAAGUUGUUCAAGAAUUGGGCUUAAAAUAUCCAUGUGUUGCCAUUCUGUUGUUUUUCUUCUGAAAGCAAAAUUUUAAACACAGGAUUAUAACAACUGUAUGAUGUUUGAUAGUAGCUGUUUGGGUAGAUGGCGAAGACAAAGAGCAUUAAUGCUACUAAUUUGAGUGUGCACUCAGUGGAAACUCUCUGAAAUAUUAGGCCAAUAGCCCUGACUGACAGGCAGGUAGAUCGUAGCUGUAGGUAAAGAAGCUAAAGGCCCAUCUAACUCCACCCUUGCCUCUUGUCAAGUCGACCAAAAGUUAGGUUGAGCCACCUCUUCAGAAACCAGUGGUUUAAGUCUUAGACUACAUCAAUGUACCUACAGUCUAUGAUGUACACACAUACCACAGCCAAAGUCUGGACACCUUCCUCUCUCCUUAUCAGACAACUAAAACAUAAGGUUUAGAGUUGAACUGCAAUGAUUGCAGCACAAACCUUUACUCUAAAGAUGUUUGUUCAAGUGAUAAUUAUAGUGAACAGGUGGCUUCAUGUUAGGAUCAUGUUUUAUGUGUCAGUAUUUAAUUUGCAUUUGCUCCCAUUCAGUAUCCAUCAUCCUGUUUAUUUCUUGGUUCUUAAUCAAAUACAAGGCGAGAUGGUCUCUAAUUCCACAUCUGGCAAUGGAUUCUUUCCAGCCUUGUGAAACAAAUUAACAUUAGACUGGACAUUUUUUAUUCCUGGUCAAGUUAAAAUAUAAGCCAGCUAUUUUAUUAAAUAAUUUACAUUAAACAGGACCUUUCAGUUUAAAGUAAUAUUAGACAAUGUAAACAGGACUUAGAGAGGAAACUUAUGCUGAUAUUUCUGUCCUCCUUCAGCUCUCCUUUUUUUAAAAGCCUUGCAGUUGCACCUUUAAACUUUAAUGAGGCAAAAGCCACAGUUAUGCGUUGUUGCUACCACGAGAAGUGGUGAUCAUAGCAACAACAUGAUCGGGGUGAUCAUGUGGGAUUCUUUGUAGCGAUCAAAGGCGUAGAAAUGCUUUCACCGGCUUUGAUGCUCUUGCCUGGAUUGCAGGGUAGGAUGUUGCUGUACUUAUCCUGGGUCUAGGCCUCAGUAGCUCCUCAGGCUGCUUUCAUAUCUACGCCCACAAACUGUCACCUCUUGAUUAUCAGGACCAGCCUGAGAUGGACACUUAAUGUUCAUCUGAGAUCAGUCUAUUAUCACAAUCAUGCUGUUCCUGUAAAUAGCCCAGAUACAAUGAUGGCACUCUUAACCAUGAUAUUCUGUAUACAUUUGUAUGACUCAAAGCCAAGUUUACCCAGACUUAAAUACUGUUCAUCAUGUGGAUGGACGAGCUGUCAUGAUAUUCCCUCAGGUUCAGCUCUUGGAUAAUGAUCCAAUUUACCAAAGUUCUGUCUGUCCCCCUGUCUCCAUUAUAGCAGUCGUGUCACUGCAUAAAAGCAGUUGCAGUGCAAACCUAUUCUUUCUGUUCAGUCCUCUCUCUGUCUCUGUCUAUGUUGCAAGUCACCACCUGGAGUCCUGGCUGGUGUGCUCUGCUGUGGUGCUCCUUCUCGGGAUAGCCAUAUUUGGGAGGAAAAUGUGGAAAGUGCGCAGUAAGAAAACCCUUUUUUCCUUACAUUUUUGGAUAUUAAAUCUGGUCAGGACAUUACCUCAGACCUCCUCUCUGGAUCUAUGAGGCAUGUCACAUAUAUUUUACACAUUAGGUUAAGACAUCUGCAUCAUUAUCUGUGGCUCAUAGAUCCUUUCUAUCGUUAUAUAGAGCAACAAUCUGUGCAGGGACACCCGCAGGACAUCAAGUCAAAGUUAAAUGUAGGUUCUUUUUAAAUUAUCUUUCUUCAUUUCUUUGAGUCCUUUAAAUUUAACAUAAUUAUGCAUCUGGUUUUAGCAUGCUUAAUUUUCUUUUGUGUCUCUCUCAGAAAUGUCCAACGCCGGAUACAAGUGACCCGCAAGACACCACAGUCGUUUUCCUAACCAGGGAUCACAAGAGGGACGACGCAUUUCUUUACUGAGUUUACUCAGUUGGGUGUUAAUUGAUACUCUUUUUGAUCGAAUGUUAUUUUUGUGUCAGGUAUUGCAUGUGACAGAUACUCUACAGUAUAACCAGUGCCUUUUGUAUCAUACAUACUACCAUAUUUAAAUUGUUUAUAAUGUCUCCUGCUUGCUGCUUUCAAUAUGUGAAAGAUACAGACUGGAUCUUAACAGGAAGCACUGUUGCUUCUUUCUGACAAAAUCCAGACACGUAGUUCAUCUUCUACAUGUCUGAUUGAGCUCUGUAAACAACUCUACAGACGCUGUAGUCCUACUGGAUUAAAGAAUUUGGGGAUUUUAACUAAUGGGUGGAGUUUACGGUCAAAAGGUAAGGUGAAUGUUUCACUUGAACACAUUAUUUUGAAAUAAAUACAUACAUAAAUCUCUAUUU